CCUAUCUGCAGUAGUGCUUACUCAACUAUUAGUGCCCUCGUAAACUGCGGGGUUCUAUCAUUAGUCGCAACAUGGCCUCAGGGGCUGCGUAUAUCUUCAAAAAUGGUCUGCAUAAUGGAUAAUCCGCCAAGCUGCAAUCCAAAAAAAUGUCUUUCUAUAAGAACUUCCCACUCGGGAUCAACCAGAUCCGCCUUCUAACUGUCUCUGCACCCGAUCCCCAAAACGAUGCCAUUUACUGUACCCUCGAGGUCGUGGACUUGACGGAUGAUGUGGAAUACGACGCCCUAUCAUAUACCUGGGGCGCGCCCGCGCAGUAUGGCAAGUUCAAGACGAUGACAAGUGCUCUCGACCACCCGAUAAUCUGCGAGGGCGAGAUGCUCUGGGUAGCAGAGAAUCUGGAAAGCUUUCUCAAACGUGCUCGGAAGACGCCAUCGCUCGCAGGGAAGAAGUUCUGGAUAGAUGCCAUUUGCAUCAAUCAGCAGGAUACGACUGAGAGAGCGAGCCAGGUGAAGCUGAUGGGUCGGGUGUAUAGCUCUGCGAAGGUAGUGGUCAUGUGGAUGGGUGAAGAGGAUGAGUAUACGGGGACUGCGUUUUCGGCGCUGCAGAGGAUCUCCGAGCUUGUUGCGACUCAUUCGCUGAGUGAGAGCCCGGCGUAUCUGCAUCGAGGCGGGAGUCAUGAUUUGAUGCUGGGUGUGUCGGAUCGCGAGGCGUGGGCGAGUAUUGGGAAGUUCUUUCAACGGUGUUACUUCAGCCGGUCGUGGAUAAUCCAAGAAGGUAUCCUUGCGAAUAAGGCCGUGGUGCUAUGCGGUGGGCAGCAUAUCAAUUGGGAGAUUUUGGUUGUGGCAUCGCGAUUCUUCUCGCAGACGGGCUGGAAAACAUUUCUGGAUAACCUGUCCAUGGAUCAUCCGGAAGAAAGAGAAAGUCCUCUGCCUUCAUACAGCCAUGUCCCUGUCAUUCUGAACGCUAUCAGACAGGAUUUGCCUCUGCGCCAUUGGACGACCACUCUCCUGUACGCCUUGCAGCGGUCCCGAGACUUCAAAUCGACCGAUCUCCGUGACAAAGUCUUCUGUCUUCUCGGUCUGGUCGAACCAUUCAUCGGGGAUAAGCCUCGUCUGACUCCUGCAUACGGCCCGCGCACAGUCCAGACAACAUACAUCAACACUGCCAUCCAGCUCCUGGAAGAUGGAGAAGACCUAUACCUACUCUCGUGUAUCGAGGGUGAACUAUUCCAGCGCGUCCCCAACCUCCCCUCCUGGGUCCCAGACUGGACGUGCGGGAAAUCCACCGGUCUGCUGAUAAUCGGGUACAAGCGGUAUUCGGCUUCGGGGGCUCUCACGCAACGGCCGCAGAUUGACGCUUCAGCGUUGACCGUGAGUCUCAAAGGAGUCAAAGUUGAUCAUGUCACAGUAGCUGGCGAGGCAAAGCAUCAGGUGCUUGAUGGGCAGCCGUUUUCGAGGUGGCUGGAGAUUGUCACUUCGCUUCCCAAGUGGUACCGCGAUACGCCUGAAGAGGCUGGAGGCGAAUCCAGGAUAGAGGUCUUCUGGAGGACGCUCCUCAGGAAUACAACAGGGCGUCCUCCGAAAUUAAUACCGCCAGGAAAAUCAUCAAUCGACGAUGCGUUUCGGAAAUGGAUUCGAGAUAAAGUGAUGGAUAAAUCCAGGAUACGUGAGGAUCCCAGCUGGGAAGAAAUGGGCCGAUCCGUCCUGGAGUUGCUGGAAUUAGACAACUUAGAUACAACCCCAGACGAAGAAAAUCAUCAUUCUGCACCUGACGAUAUUGAAUUUGAGACCAGGAUGAGCUGGGCGAAACAUCUGAGACUGUUCAGAACGUCAACUGGAUACCUGGGCCUUGGCUCUGAAUGCCUUCGGGAAGGGGAUUCGGUGUGGAUUAUGCCAUCGUCGCGUGUGCCCCUCAUUUUAAGGUCCGCUGGGGAGGACAAACCGGGCCAUUAUCGAAUUGUCGGUGGUUCGUAUUUGCAUGGAGUCAUGCAGGGUCAGAUGGUAUGUCCUUGUUGCAGUGGGAAAACAGAAGAGGACAUUGCAUCGCAAUGGGAGACAGUUAUAAUCGAGUGAGGAUGAC